GCACCUUAGCCUUUCUCAGGUACUUCACCUACACCACCACCACCACCACCACCUCCACCUCCACCUCGAUCACCAUAAUUUUUAUGUCUGUCGGUGCUCCAACAGUUUGAAAAAUGAUUUUUUUUUUUUUUGCACUAAUAACCACCACGACAACCACCACCACCAAUAGCAACAUCACCAAAUAGUUCAUCGUACAAUUUCCGGAGGGAGAGAAAAAUGUGUCUUAGAAGUUAGAACUCAGGUGAUAUCCACACUCCUCUCUCCCGAUCUGAAUACUAGGUACAAACAUUAUACUCCACCGGUUUUCGUUUUUCAAGUUUAUGUUUGAAAAGAUCCAUAAUCGAUGAAAGCGAAACAAAUACAUAGGUGGAUUGCGAGAGAGUUCUAGGGCUUGGUUUUCAAGAUCUGGGGUUUGAGGGUUUAGAGAUUCUUCAAGGGUAUGUAUAGACUAAAUGCAUUAAUGUAACCAAGAUUUAAAGAGGAAGAGGAAGAGGAAGACGACAACAGAGAAGAAGAAGAAGAAGCUGCUAGGGUUCGGCCACCGUUACCGUUUCAGGCAGAGGGCACUUCUUUUCCUGCUACAGGAAUGACGACCACCAAACGUGCUUAUAAGCUACAGGAAUUUGUGGCUCAUGCUUCCAGCGUCAAUUGCCUCAAGAUUGGCAGGAAGUCAUCGAGGGUUCUUGUAACUGGAGGAGAAGAUCACAAGGUGAAUCUAUGGGCGAUUGGCAAACCCAACGCAAUACUGAGUUUGUCCGGUCAUACCAGCGGAAUUGAUUCCGUUAGUUUUGACUCUUCUGAAGUGUUGGUAGCAGCUGGAGCAGCAAGUGGUACAGUCAAGCUUUGGGAUUUAGAGGAGGCAAAGAUUGUUCGCACCUUGACCGGUCACCGGUCCAAUUGUAUAUCCUUGGAUUUCCAUCCCUUUGGAGAGUUCUUUGCCUCUGGUUCUUUGGACACAAACCUAAAGAUAUGGGAUAUAAGACGAAAAGGGUGUAUUCACACAUACAAGGGUCACACUCGAGGGGUUAAUGCAAUUAGAUUUACCCCUGAUGGCCGUUGGGUCGUAUCUGGUGGUGAAGAUAACAGUGUCAAGCUUUGGGAUUUGACUGCUGGGAAGUUGUUGCACGAUUUCAAGUGUCAUGAAGGCCAGAUUCAGUGCAUAGACUUUCAUCCCCAUGAGUUUCUUCUUGCAACAGGUUCGGCUGAUAGAACUGUUAAAUUCUGGGACCUGGAAACUUUUGAACUUAUUGGGUCUACCGGUCCUGAGACCACUGGUGUACGCUGUAUUACCUUUAAUCCUGAUGGGAAAACCCUACUCUGCGGCUUGCAUGAAAGUCUGAAGGUUGUCUCUUGGGAACCAAUAAGAUGUCACGAUGCUGUGGAUGUGGGAUGGUCUAGAUUGUCAGAUCUUAAUAUUUACGAGGGAAAGCUUCUUGGUUGUUCAUAUAAUCAAAGUUGUGUUGGAGUAUGGGUGGUAGACAUUUCGCGUAUCGAACCAUACACAGUUGGUAAUAGAACUCUAUUAAAUAGUAAUCCAGAACUGAAAUUGAAUUCAAGUGGGAUUUUGCCAAAGUUAGCUGAGAACAGUUCAAAGAUUAGUUUGGGGAGGCUAUCCAUUUCGCAAGAUUCAGAUCCUAUAUCCAAGGACGCAAAAUCUUUGGGAAGGCUUUCAGCAUCGCAAAACUCAGAUCCUGUUACAAAGGAGUCAAAAUCAUUUCCAUCCACGGGCAGUGCACCUGGUACCCCUCAAAGGGUCAAUUCAAACAGUGGUCCAAAGACGACUCCCAUUAGUUCAGUCUCAGUUUCUGGUGCAACGGCUCUGAAGAGGAACAUGGCAAAGCUGCAUUCGACAGCUAAUGCCUCAUUUUUCAAUGCAUCCGAUGCGAUAACGGUUGUCGUCCCCCGAAGUAAUGGGAGGUUGGAGCAGGCAGCUGAAUUAAGAAAAGAAGGAGGAGUUGGAAAAAUGAUGCCAUUGCCUUUGCAGACAAAAACAUCUGAGAUCCGUAAGUUUUCGAACGUAAGAGAAGACUUGGAGAGGCCAAUUCCUCCUGUUCAUCCUGAAGCUGAUGGUUUUAAGGUCACUGAAUUGAGUGGAGUGGCAAGUAGGAAUGUCUUUCCUGCAGUAGAAAGCUCAGCCGCAGGAAAUCCUGAAGCUGAUAUGAAUCAAAAGGAUGGCAAGUGUAUUGUUUCUGGGAGACUUGGAACGAAUCUAAAGAUGGAGCCCCUUGGUGGUUAUCAGCAUGACGGUUAUGAAACUCAUGUGCAUAAAGGGAACAGAGAUGUGUCUUCCACUGAAGGACAAAAAGGAGGAUGGACACAUUCUCUUGUUGCGAGCUGGGAGAAGAGUGAGAGGUACCAGUACUAUGAGGCUCCUGCUUCCAGCAAUUCAUCUGGGAAAGUACCGGUUGUUAGCAUGCUCCAGCGGAAUGUGAGACGACACCUCUCUCCUGGAAAAGAAGCAGUGUCUGCUAGCGACAAGGAUGCAGUUACGGAUAUAAUGGACGAACAUGCUCACUUUGUUGGCUCAAUGCAGUCUCGCUUAGGCAAAUUGCAGAUAGUCCACCGAUACUGGGAAAGGCAUGAUGUUAGAGGGGCCAUUGGUGCGAUGGAGAAGAUGGCUGAUCAUGCUGUUCUUGCUGAUGUGAUAAGCUUUUUGACAGAAAAACCUGACAUUAUCACAUUGGAUACCUGCACUUGUCUACUUCCGCUCCUUACAGGCCUUCUUGAAAGCAGCAUGGAUAGGCAUCAAGAUCUUUCGCUGGAUAUUCUUCUUAAGCUUGUCAGGGUAUUUGGUUCAGUGAUCUAUUCAAGUUUGUCAGCGUCAUCCUCUGUUGGUGUGGAUAUUGAGGCAGAGCAAAGGCUCGAACGUUGUAAUCUCUGCUUUAUCGAGCUUGAAAAGGUUAAACACCGUCUUCCUGUGCUUACAAGAAGAGGAGGAUCAAUUGCCAAGUGUGCGCAAGAGCUGAAUCUUGCACUUCAAGAAGUUUCAAGAGCAUAGUUUGAUUAACAACACGAGUGAAGAAUUCUUGACCAUACAGGAAUAAGGGAAUGGCAGCUCUCUGACUCUGGUGUUUGUUGCUGCUACACAGUUUUGACGACGAGCUCAUCAUUUUUCUGGUUGAGAAGGAUCAAUUCCCACCUUAUUACCAUUUUCUAACCCAAUAUCUGGAAAGUUUGUUGUAAGUUUUAGAUGCUUGUGUGAAGAAGUGUAUGAAUUUAGUCAUCAUCGUUUAUGUAAAAGCAAAGUACUAACGUGUCUUGAUUUAAUAGAAGGGCCUUUGAAUUGAAAAAAGUCAAGUUCAU